GCUCCUUCUUCGCCGCCGGCGCCCAGUCUCCUCUCAGCCAGCUCCUCACUGGCCGAAGGCGGCCGCUGGCGCCACCAUCUCAGACGACCAACACGAAACGCUUCCCCAUUGGCUAACGCCUGCCCACGUGACCCCGGCGCUCUACGCGCACGUGGAAAACUGUUAUUGCCGCUAGGUCGGGACGCCACUUCCGGCUCCAACCCCGAAAAGGUGGUGCUUAAACCCGCGGAGGCGGAAGUGAGUCGACAAACUAGGCGGCUUUCCCGGCUAAUGCCAGCGCAGGCGCAUUGGCUCGAGAGGCCUGGACCUGCGGCGCAGCCUCAGUGAGGAGGGAAGCCCUGUACCUGUCGCUUGCCUGGGUCUCCCCGGGCUUCACCCGAGUGAUGCCCCGCUAUUGCGCAGCGAUUUGUUGUAAGAACCGCCGGGGACGAAACAAUAAAGACCGGAAGCUGAGUUUUUACCCAUUUCCUCUACAUGACAAAGAAAGACUGGAAAAGUGGUUAAAGAAUAUGAAGCGAGAUUCAUGGGUUCCCAGUAAAUACCAGUUUCUAUGUAGUGACCAUUUUACUCCUGACUCUCUUGACAUCAGAUGGGGUAUUCGAUAUUUAAAACAAACUGCAGUUCCAACAAUAUUUUCUUUGCCUGAAGACAAUCAGGGAAAAGAUCCUUCUAAAAAAAAAUCCCAGAAGAAAAAAUUGGAAGAUGAGAAAGAAGUAUGCCUAAAAGCCAAGUCAGAAGAAUCAUUUGUAUUAAAUGAGACAAAGAAUAUAGUUAACACAAAUGUGCCCCCUGAACAUGCAGAAUUACUUCAUUCAUCUUCCUUGGUAAAGCCACCAGCUCCCAAAACAGGAAGUAUACAAAAUAACAUGUUAACUCUUAAUGUAGUUAAACAACAUACUGGGAAACCGGAAUCUACCUUGGAAACAUCAGUUAACCAAGAUACAGGUAUAGGUGGUGUUCACACAUGUUUUGAGGAUCUAAACUCUACAACUAUUACUCUAACAACUUCAAAUUCAGAAGGUAUUCAUCAGUCUUUGGAAACACAAGAAGUUCUUGAAGUAACUACCAAUCAUCUUGCUAAUCCAAACUUUAUAAGUAAUUCCAUGGAAAUUAAGUCAGCACAGGAAAAUCCAUUCUUAUUCAGCACAAUUAAUCAAACAGUUGAAGAUUUAAACACACAUAAAGAACCUGUUAUUGCCAUUUUUGUACCUGCAGAAAAUUCUAAACCUUCAGUUAAUUCUUUUAUAUCGGCCCAAAAAGAAACCGUGGAAAUGGAAGACAUGAACAUUGAAGACUCCUUAUAUAAGGAUGUAGACUGUGGAACAGAAGUUUUACAAAUUGAACAUUCUUACUGCAGACAAGAUAUAAAUAAGGAACAUCUUUGGCAAAAAGUCUCUAAGCUACAUUCAAAGAUAACUCUUCUAGAGUUAAAAGAGCAACAAACUCUGGGUAGAUUGAAGUCUUUGGAAGCUCUUAUAAGGCAGCUAAAGCAGGAAAAUUGGGUAUCUGAAGAAAAUGUCAAGAUUAUAGAAAACCAUUUUACAACAUAUGAAGUCACUAUGUUAUAGAGUGAAGAGGUUUUACAGGUGUGAUUUUUAAAUAAGCUUUUUCCAGCCAAACAAACUACAUCUAAAGUGAACUUUUUUCUGUGUAAAGUUCUCAUCUUAAUGAACCUAUGAGAGUGCUGUAAAGUUAUAAACUGUAUCCUAUUCUUGUAAUGCUCAUUUAAGAAAAACUAGAGAGUUGAGCUGGAGAGGAAAAUGGUUUUAUUACUUGAUAAUUUUUCAAAUUAAAAUUUAGCACAUAUAAUGGGAUUCAGUUAUAACAUGAGAAAACAAGCAAGUGGUCAAACAACACAGACCAGAAGUCAGGCUCAGGAAUCAGACCUGGUUCUACCACUGGCAUAUGAUUUGGGCAAGUUAUCAUGAUUGAGCCUCAGUCCCUAAUUCAUAAAAUAAGCACUUACUAGAUUUCUAAUUGUCUGGUUCUUUAUAGUUCCUUCCCUUGUUAUUAAGAUACUUCUAUUAGAACAGAUUUUCUGUAAGAUAAUAUAUACUUAAUACUAGAUAUUUAUUUAAUUCUAUGGUAUUUGACCUUUUGGUUGUAUGUAUAUAUUCCAAUUAUAUAUAUGUAAUAGAAAGGUAAACUUUUUUUUUUGAGACAGUCGCUCUGUCACCCAGGCUGGAGUACAGUGGCAUGAUCUCAGCUCACUGCAGCCUCCGCCUCCCAGGUUCAAGUGAUUCUCCUUCCUCAGCCUCUCGAGUAGCUGGGAUUACAGGCAUGAAUCACCAUGCCAGGCCAAGAUAGACCUUUUCUAAUUUUAUUCCAGUUGAACUCUCAACUAAGGAACCACCCGUUAGCCCAGUUCUUAGAAGAGGAACGUGAAAGAAUAUGUAUUUUCAUAACUUAUGUGUGGCUAACCAUCAAAUACAUAGUCAUUUAAACUUCUAAACAUCCUGUAUUUAUGCAGUUACAUUUAUAAACCAAAAAUUUUAAUGAAGUUAAUUUUAAAUAGUUAUAUUUUAGAAAUCAUAAUUUGUAUCUAUUUCUUAGUAGGUGUAGCUUUUAAAAUAUGUCCUUGUGUCAUAAAUUCCAGAAUAAUAGAGUAAUACUGUACAUUCCCACUUAUAUGUAUUUUAUUAAAAUUUAUAAGCAAGAAAUUAUAGAUAAGUGGUUAUGACCUAGGAAGACAAAGAAUCUCUCUUAAGAAAGAGAGGUGAUAGUAAUGUAAAUAAAAAUACUGUUUAUAUUCACAUGAUUUUAAGAAAACUGUAAAAGCAAAGACUUUGUAGUAAUGACACAAAUGUGAAAAAUUGAUGUUUUCUUAAAAUUGGCCGUCAAUAUAAUUAUGUUUCUGCCUAUGAUGUUGAGCAAGUUCUAUCAGUCUGAUUCUUAGUUUUUUUGUCUGUUAAGUAGAAGAUACUAUUACUUACCUUAAAGGAUGGCUUUCAGACUUGUGUAAGGUUUUUGGUUCUGGAAAAUAGGAGGUGCUCAAUAAAAGUUGACUCUGAAUGGCAAAUAAUAUUCUAA